GCACUUUGCUAUGCUUACGUCAUGUAAUUUGUGAGGUCUGUACACAGUGUUAUUUAUGAAAGAAAUUACAUUUUUAGAUUAGUUUUUCUUAUCGUCGCAUUUAAGUGGGUUUUUUUUCGAUCGUUAUAGUUGCGACUUUGAUAACUCACGGUACCUCGGUUUCUGAGUGCGUGCUUUUUUAUCAACAAAGUACGCUAACCUCUAUCGGCUUCCCGAGACCUUCAUUUGCCGCGCAAUGCUUUUUUAUUCGACAUGAUCAUCGCAUGAUGGCGCUCUCUGGCGGAGCUGGUGUUUAAACUUCAUUUACUAAUCAACUAUUAGAUUUGUAGAUCAAUCCUAUAACGUCAAUCAGAAAGGGAGAAAGAAUGACUCAACACGUAUCUCACAACCCAUCAAUUCUCGAUCGACUAAAAACCAAAUUCUUGCCGGAGGCCGUCGCUUCCGGAGCUUUUGGUGACGUCACUUUCGUGGGUUUCGAGCCAUCGCCUCGCCAAGACCUCGACCAAUACAUGUCAGACAUCGUCUUCGGUGACGUCAUCUUGUCCACCUCUCAGGGUCGCCGUGCAGAAUCUGUGGUCGUGAAAGUCCACCCCAACACAGACUAUGCAGCCGGAUUCGAGAUCGGUGCUCACUUUCACAAUGAAGCGCUCUUCUACUGCGAGAUUAUUCCGUUUUUCCGAAAAUACGACGGUGAUGGCUUUUUGAACGCAUCGGUGCCCGGUUUUUUAUACGGACGUGCGACAGGGAAUCCAGAGGAUGACGUCAUCAUUCUGAGGGAUGUAACGGAGGAGGGAUUCCGCAUGACCGAGGAGAGAUUGUUUUUGGACGAGAAGCACAUCAAACUAGCACUGAAUAGGUUAGCUAAAUUCCACUCCCUCUCCUUCAAGAGCCUGCACGAAGAUCCGGCAGGUUUCCAGAGGCUGGUGGCCAAAAUCCAGACUCAAUCGGUCAAGGCCCCCACGCGACCCGACAGCAAAUUCGAUUUCAACAGGCUCAAAUUCCGCGGCCUGGAGCCCCUGAAAAGGGACCCGAAGUACGCGGACAGGUUGCCGGCCCUGGAAAAACACUGUGAAGGGGCCAUCAAGUGGAUGGGCAGUCUUAAAGUUCACCCGGGCCCGCUUAGCGUGCUGACUCGAGGCGACUGCACGAGGAACAACCUCAUGUUCAAGUACGAGGGAAACGAGCCUUGUGAGGUUGUGUUUGUCGACUGGGCUGUCUUGAGGUACAGCACCCUAGUAAUAGACUUGAGCGUGUUGCUGACCCUCAACACCUCCCCGGAGGCGAAGCGGACCCAUUGGGACGACUACCUCCACACAUACCACAGCGCCCUCUCGCGGCAGCUCCAGGGAUACCCCGCGAUACCCUUCGAGACCUUGGAGCAAGAGAUGCGGAAAAAAGGCGUUUACGGGUACUACUGGUCAGUCUUCCUCCUUCCAGCCGCCCUUGAGACGGACGCCAAAAACCGACUCGAAGCCCUAGCCAAAGACGAUGAGGCCAAGAUGAAAUAUCUGAUGGAAUUUGGCGGACCCCAAGCUACAGCGUAUCUUGGCGAGAUCGUUAAGUUCAUGUUCGAUAGGAACUAUGUGUUUCAGCUCUAGGAAGUGGACCUUUAAGUGCUCGGUUCAUUUUCAACGAAGAAGUAUACGAUCAUUGGCGGAUCCACCAAAUUGGGAACAUUGUUUUUCUCCAUUUAAACCUAUUGAAAUAUAUCGAUUCAUGGAAGGGCCAGGUGCUCCAAUAGGAAUCGAUUAUUUAACAUAGGUUUAAAUGGAGGGGAUCCAGUGUUGCCAAAUUGCUGGAUCCGCCUCUGUAUAUACGACAUUAUAAUAUUUAGUGGAGUCAGGAAAAAGGUUUCUUAAGGUGAAAACUCAAAAUGUCCAGUAAAAUGAAAAAAACGAUCUGGGGGUUGAUGACGUGCGCAUGUAAAUCAGAUUAAGGCUAGUCUCAAAAAGUUACAAGCAAACAACGGAAUAUUAAACCUAAAUUUUUCAGUCUCAAGGCAUCAGUUUGACUGUUUUUAGACCAUGGCAUCCCUUGUGAUUUUUCGAAUUUAAACUUGUUACCUUAUCGAUCGAUCAUUGUAUUGUUACAUGACAGUGUAUUGUAUUGUAUACUGGUACACAGUAGUGAAUUUCUUUGCUGCUCAUUGGAUGUGCUUCCAUAGAAAAAUACUUUGUAAUCAUGGUAUUAUGUGACGAUAUUUGCUCAUUGAAAUUUCAUGAUUAUAUUCGCUCGUCAAAACAAACAAAAAAAAAAAACAAAAAAAGAAUUUUUGUAGGGCUUUGGAAAAAGUUAUACAAUGUUAUAUUGUGUUUGCAAUCAGUGCCGUUUAGUUUUAAGAUAAUGAAUUUUGAGGUGUCAUGAAAUGCAUUUACGCCUAAUUUUAGUUCAAAUUCUAAUACAAUUCAUCCAUUUCACUCUCA